AAUUCGCCCCCUCCCGCCCAAAAAUCCAGUCUUGCUUUGCUUUGGGGCGAGCUACCGUCCUCCACAAGCAGAGAUCUUCUCCUAUCGGGGAGGGAUCCCCGUCCGGUGCGGCGGCCGCUCUGUCCCCCGCGUGCGUUUCUUGCUUGCUUCUUCCGGUGAGGGAGGGAGGGUGCGGAGUCAGGCACCCUGAUGAGCUGCUUCUCCUGCUUCGGGCCGGGCCUUGAGGCGGGGGACGGGAAGAAGCCGGUGCCCGCCGACGCCACCAAGGACCAGCAGCGCAAGGACGGCUCCGCGACCAGGGGCGGCGGAUCAGAUAAACUGAGACCACAGGGUGGAUUGGACUCUAAGAAGGACCAUCUGACCAUCCCUAGGGAUGGGAACAGCCAGAACAUUGCAGCUCAUAUUUUCACUUUCCGUGAGCUUGCUGCUGCCACUAAAAACUUCAAGCAAGAUAGCCUUUUGGGUGAGGGAGGUUUCGGCCGUGUAUAUAAAGGUCGCCUGGAUAAUGGGCAGGCUGUUGCUGUGAAGCAACUUGACCGCAAUGGUCUCCAAGGAAAUAGAGAAUUUCUCGUUGAGGUCCUCAUGCUCAGUCUCUUGCAUCACACUAACCUUGUCAAUCUAAUUGGUUACUGUGCUGAUGGUGACCAACGCCUUCUUGUCUAUGAGUUCAUGCCACUGGGUUCACUAGAAGAUCAUUUGCAUGAUGUGCCACCUGAAAAGGAAGCUCUUGAUUGGAACACACGGAUGAAGAUAGCUGCAGGUGCAGCUAAGGGCUUGGAACAUCUACAUGACAAGGCCAGCCCUCCUGUUAUUUACCGGGAUUUCAAGUCGUCAAACAUUCUUCUUGGUGAAGGAUUUCACCCUAAGCUGUCUGACUUCGGCCUAGCAAAGCUCGGUCCGGUUGGUGAUAAGACUCAUGUUUCAACGCGGGUGAUGGGAACGUACGGCUACUGUGCCCCAGAAUAUGCAAUGACUGGCCAGCUCACAGUGAAAUCAGACGUCUACAGCUUUGGUGUUGUUUUCCUUGAACUGAUUACAGGGCGCAAAGCAAUUGACAAUACCAAACCCCAGGGGGAGCAGAACCUAGUGGCAUGGGCUCGUCCACUCUUCAAGGAUCGCAGGAAAUUUCCUAAAAUGGCUGACCCAAUGCUUCAAGGCCGGUUCCCUAUGAGAGGUCUGUAUCAGGCUUUAGCUGUUGCUGCCAUGUGUUUGCAAGAACAAGCGACGACUCGCCCUCAUAUAGGAGAUGUUGUGACUGCCCUCUCAUAUCUAGCUUCUCAGACAUAUGAUCCAAAUACCCCAAAUCGAAGCAAUUCAUCGACCCCUAGGGCCAGAAAUAUGGGUGGGCGGAACGGUGAUCAACGCAGCACACGCUCACCAAAUCAUCAUUCUCCAGACUUGAGGAAGGAGGCUGCCAGGGCAUCAAAGUAUGGAGGGGAGGUUAGCCGGACUAGUUCUACUGGUGGUUCUGGUCGGAGAUCAGGAUUGGAUGAGAUGGACAUGGCAGGAUCGCCACUAGGUAGUCCAGCUCAAACAGGAAGAAAAAGAGAAAACCGAAGGAGUGCUGACAGGCAGCGUGCUAUUGCAGAUGCCAAAAUGUGGGGGGAGAAUUCCAGAGAACGGAAGCCACCCAAUGGUCAUGGUAGCUUUGAUAGUACAAAUGAGUAAGUGGACAGCUCUGUUAAGUCGUUGCUCUGGCUGAGGGACGAGUUCUCUCAUCAGCACCAAACGGGCCAGAAUUAGGAACAUGGUGUUUGUUCCAGCUCGGCCCCGUUGUCUGUGAAUAAAGGCUUUUUUUCUUGCGCCUCUCUGGCUAUCAGCAUUGCCUCAUGGGUUGCUUUAUCUGUUUGUCGUUGCCACUGACAUGCCUUCUGCUGGCUGCGUCCAUUCCUUUGAGAAUGUGAUUGUUUCAUGUACUCAUGUCCUUGUAGAGCUCAGGAGCCUACAAGAUGCAGCUAGAAAUGCGGAAAAGGAGAAGGGGAAGGUUGAAUCUCAAAGUUGUGGCCACACAAUUAGGAUGAAUGUGUUCACCUGCACCUCUGUUAUGGAACCAAUUGUACAACUGUGUCAGGCAGGUUUGGCCACCCGGAGUCAGUGAAAUUUCUUCUGAUGAGAUUUCAGGUUUGGGGAUAGGAUAGUGUUACCUGUAUUUCGUACAGCUACUGUUUUUCUUUUGUUGUCUUGAGUUACCUGAUCACUCAUUUAUUUGUAUUAGCUUGAAUGUACUUCUACCUGUAUCUUAGCGUGAACAUGGUUUAGCAUAUGGAGCAAAGUAUUAUUCAGAGCCUA